AUGACUUUUCAUUACCCAGAAACAGCGCAGGAAGACCCUUCUAUUGAAGCGCUGCGCAGAGAGUUGGCAGCUGUUUCGCUAGUGCUCAGAAACACACAACAGGAUCUCAAGGAUGUUGAAGAUAACCUCGCAUACAUUCAAGCAGAGCGCAAUACAGCACUAUUCAGUCUCGCUGAGACCAAACUCGACCUGCAAAACGCCAGAGACGCUCUUGCCAAUAGUGAGCGUGCACGCCGAGAGGCCAAUCAGGAUCGGGUCAUUUCUCGCCCUUGUAAAGAGCAGGAAGUCUUUGUUAUUUUAAAGUUUCAAAAGCCUCAACCAUCACCUGUCGGAGGAUUUCGCAUCUUUGCACAGCAACGAAAGGUCGUUGACCGCAGACUGAAGCAAUUCAUUGCUGAUAACCCUGAGCUGGAUGCCGUUGAUGUUGAGGAGUUGCGAUUUGAUCGUUCGCCGAGGGGAGAAAACGUCAUUCAACAUAUGAGGCGCGAUAAAGAUGCCCCAAUCAAGCUCAGUCGUCGCAACUUCAUCCUCAAGGACGGCAAGACGGAGGAUGAGAUGGUUGAAUAUAUCACACGAGUUUUCAACACCCAUACCCAGGAGAACUAA